UUCUCGACUCCAGAAACAAACAGUUCGCAGUAAGAGGUUUACCUGUUCUAAUGCUAACAACAGAAGCUGACGCCUUAACCGUGGACUAUAGACACAGCUCCGUGAUUCUUCCUUGUGGAAAUAUAGCUAUUCCUCUACAAGACCUCCAAGACUAGCGUUUUGAUGUCACAUUCCCAAAGCAACUGAGCCCCGUCAGAGAAUCAGCAGACAUAAAGGCAGCCAAAGGAUUCUUCAUCUUCAGAGAGGCCAAAGGAUAAGGAAGAAGGGAGGCUUUGAAGCUGGAACACCCACCACCCUUAUUGAAUAAUGGUGACUUUUUGAGAGUGCGUUGAUCUCAGGUCAUGGCCUACAUGCCACUGUGAUCACCAAGAAGCGGACAAAGUAAGGACAAGGAAUAUAUAUAUAUAUUUUAAUCACUUUUGUCUGGCAUAUCAUUAAAAGGAGGUGCAAAUCUCAUCACUGAGAGACGAUCCCCUCACACACUGAAUUCUGGGAAACAGAAUGCCAACCAAGAAGCCCAUGUACUUAAAGACUAGCACACCCAAGCGGGGGAAGAAACUCAAGCUGCGAGACGUCCUGUCCAGUGACAUGAUUAGCCCCCCACUAGGGGACAUGCGCCACAGUGCCCAUGUCGGGCCAGAAGGGGAGGGCGACAUGUUCGGAGACGUGGGCUUUUUGCAGGGCAAGAUGGACAUGUUGCCCACCCUGAACUGCUUACCACGCUCCCACAGUAUGGAGAGGCAGCUGGAAGAAGCCUACCCCAUGAACGACAAAGGAUCCAACCACUCUUGUAACAACUACCGCAACCCCUACCACCACUCCACCAGCCUGCUGAAGAGCACCAUCUCCAUGCCUGUGUUCAUCGCCCACGAGCAGGCCCCGCCCAAGCCACCUCGGCUCCACCUGGAGGACUCAACCCUCCUGUCCCAGCAGCAACAGCACCAACCUCAGCCGAACAACCAUAACCACAACCAUCACAACCAGCAGCAGCAUCACUCCAUUUCUGUGUGUGACCAGGUUGUCGGCUGCUACAUGGACCCCUGCCACGACCUUAGCUACUCUGCCUCCUUCAGGCACCUGGUGCCCUCCUCCGGCUCCUUCUCAGAGGUCUCCUCAGAGGACUCCAUGUCAGAGAGUUGUGGCCCCCUGGACCCUCUGAGGGGGCUGAGCCUGGAUUCAGACGCUGGCCUGAGCAAUGAGGACCUGGGGAGCGAGCGGAGUGAGUCGCCCACCGUGUGCCCUAGGUUCUCUCCCGGUGUCUCCCGCUCAGAGUCCCUGAUAGGCUUGGAUCUGGACCUGGGGCCGUCCAUCCUGGAGGACGUGCUGAGGAUCAUGGACCGCUACAAGAGCAUUGAUGACCGCUGUGAGUUGUGAGCAGAUGGAGGAAAGGGGUUUAGACACCGCUGUGCAGAGAGGUGUCAGGGGCUGGUCCAUUCUCCAUAUAGCCUAAUGAUGACCGGGCUGGUCCAACGAACAGACAGAGACAGAGGAUAGUGCCAGGACUGACAGGCACAAAGGCUGGGACUUAAGACGCUGGGACUGUGGGACUAUAUAAUAUCCAGACUGGAAACACAGCAGCUUCAGAACCAACCAUUUGUCUUUUGAUAUUCAGAUUCACAAUGGGGGAGAGACAAUCAUUUCUCCCACCCAAAUGCUGUCUACAUUUUUGCAGACUCAUUUGACAUGUUUUUCAGCAUUUCACUAUUGUUAGGGUACAUAAUUCAUACUUCACUAACUCCCUAUGUAAGCUCUGUAGUUUUCUGAUAGGAUGAAAUGUAGUUGCCUGAAAAUACAAUUAAUGUACUUAAAAAGCCUGCAAGGUUUGUGCUUUUGUGUUGUUUUCUGAAAUAUCAUAUUGUUGAUAUUCUUCCAGGCACACAUUUUACUGUUCUAUGUCAGGACAAUACAAUCAAGACCGGAGUAUGCUAUGUAUUAGGUUUCCAUCUAGUGGCAGAUGUAAGAAGGACACCCAAAAUGCAACAGUUCUAGCAGUGCGAAAACUGAGGUCCAAAUGUUUUUGGGGGGCUAAAGUACAUUAGAAUCAAAGUAUCAGAAAUGUGCAGCUUCUUCAAAAUCCUUUAAAUGUAGUGGGAUGACCAAGGAAGGUUUCUCUUUUGUAACAGCUGUGCAAUUUGUGACUUGCAUCAACUCCUUCAGCAUUUUAUUAUAUUUCAUUGUUAUAUUACAGAGUAUUUCCAAUUGUUAUGUACUGUAUAUUAAUGUAAUGUAUUAAAUAAAUAUGGAAAUUAGAUGCUGAACCAUUCCUUUCUUUUUUAUAUAUACACUACCAGUCAAA